AAGGCUAACGCGCGACGUCCAUUCUAUCAGCGGAGGCCUUCCAGAUUUUUUGUCAUCAUGAUGGAGGAAAUGAAAGCCAGGACGACCAAGUUCGCAGCUAUCGUUCUUGUAUUUGCUGUAGUCAGCCAUGGCCUGAUGAGCCCUGCCAUGGGGAUGCUCGAGAACAAGGGUGCCGGCGGAGAGACGACGACGACGGCCACGGCCAGGUCCGCUUAUAAGCCCACCCUUGGUGUUGGCGGCGGAACCGCCGUGGACAACCACCAUGCCAUCCCACGAGACCAGUACAGCAGUCAUGGAGGAGACGACGGAGGGAGUGGUGGUGAUACAAACAACUAGUGCGCAAGCAUGCAGCUGCUCAUGUUCUCUCUGUGUGGUGCCAGUUUCUACAUAUAUGCAUGUUGCUCUGUUUGCGUGGAAGACAAAGGAUAUAUAUAUAUAUAUAUAUAUAUAUAUAUAUAUAUAUAUAUGUAAUUUUGCCGAAACACUAGUUUUCGUGAUAUAUCUUGUACAUGUAUAUAUGUACAAAACCCUAGUCUUGUAGCAUCACAAAA